AUGAGCGUCUACUCGCUCGACUACGCGCAGCCCAAUGCGACUCGAUCCGACGUUGACGUGGAGGCCGGUCGCCAGUCGCCCAUCUCCCAGAUCUCCCCGAGAGGGGGAGAGACAGAGCCGACUGCUUUUCCCGCAUUCACCACCUCAGCAACACGAGUGAACUCCAACGAUACGACGAAACGCCGGGCCAGACGCUCGAACACCGCACGGUCAUACCACCCUGAGGGGUUCGCACACGAUCCCAAUUGGCAGCCAGGAACCGAGCCUGGUAUUGACCCGAGCAAACCCCUCCCGCCGUACACCUCGGAAUGGUCGUCAAACAUACCUGCGGAUCUACACCGACGUUGCGAGAUAACUAUAGUGGAUUUCUCGCAGAAUGAGAUGCGACAAUAUGAGUUAGACAAUGACACACUGGAGCAAUUUCUGGAGCGGGAAAGGGAGUCCUGGGUGCAAUGCCGGUGGAUCAAUGUGAACGGGUUGAGCUGGGAUGUGAUCAAGAUUCUUGGAAACCACAAAGGAUUGCAUCGGCUUGCAAUCGAAGAUGUGGUCCAUACUACUAACCGCACGAAGGCUGAUUGGUAUUCCGAUCACGCCUUUGUUGUGCUGACACUGCAAAAGUUGAUGAAGAUAUACGAAGAAUCAUCGUCCGAUUCCGAAGAUGAAGAUGAGACUCCGAUCAGCCGGUGGAAGUCAAAAGACCGAAAGAGCUCUGUGAUCAGUGACAAAAGCUCGAUUUCUUUGAAGAGACCCACGAAGCGCAAUGUCAUCCUCGCAGCUUUGAAGGAUAUUUUCUCCUUCAAAUCACGCUCGAGUAAGGAUGACAAAGAGAAAACAACAGUCGGGUCGAGCGUUCGGCCUGGGCUCGGACGGCGGACUUCAAAGCACAACUCCCAUUUUGGUAAUGUUGGAACUGCUUCCGAGACCACUGCCAGGAGUUUGCAACGAUACCGCGGUGGGCCCAAUGAAGAUCGAAUUGAAUUCAUGGAACGACAUGCGGCACUUGCUGCCAAAGGUCUUUGUGUCACUUUGGAGCAGGUUUCGAUCUUUCUCCACGCGGAUAAUACAGUGACUUCCUUUUUCGAAACAAGCGCGGAUGAUAUCGAGGCUCCGAUUGUCAGGCGUCUCAUGUCACCUGAGACCAUUCUUCGACAAUCAUGCGAUGCUAGUAUGCUACUGCAAGCUAUUCUUGAUGCUGUGAUUGAUCUUGCGAUCCCAGUGACAAUGGCGUAUCAAGACGCCAUUGGAGACCUCGAGCUGGAGGUUCUCACCGAUCCAGACAUCGACCAAUCCAAAUCGUUGUAUAUUUUGACAUCCGAAAUCGCGGUCCUGCGAAACUCCAUGCAGCCCAUCGUGGCGGUGAUGAACGCUCUCCGCGAUCACCGAUCUGAGCCUGUCGGCACGCCAGGCUUUGGUGUCUUGCGCAAUCCUCUUAGCCCAGCCGCUACUCCUGCUGAACCCGUUGAUCCUCGACCACAUAUUGGGAUUAUCACGCCGAAUCUGAAAAGUUUAGGAGGCACGAGCGUAACCAUCAGCUCCAUGUGCCAUACAUAUCUCGGUGACGCUCUCGAUCAUUGCAUCACUAUUGUGGAAGGCUACGACCAGAUGCGGCGUAAUGCCGAUAACAUGAUUGACCUCAUUUUCAACACUAUUGGUGCCUACCAGAAUGAGAGUAUGAAACAGCUUACUCUUGUGACUUGUCUAUAUCUUCCUAUGACUUUCUUGACGGGUUACUUCGGUAUGAAUUUCACGGAUUUCGCUGGAAUCGAACACAGUGAUGGAUAUUUCUGGAAAAUUGCGAUUCCGUUCGUCUGUGUCACAACUUUCAUACUGAUGCGCGACAAAAUCCAGCGAUACGCUGUCAUGCUAGCCCAGCGCCGCUUGAUUGUCAGUUCGAGGAAGCAGAGACGGGAAAGGAAGAAGAACUGA